AUGGCUCUUCUUAGGGCUCUUCUGCUAGGCCUCAGCCUCUUCCACUGCGCGUUCGCCGCGAUUUUUGACCUUUCAGAGCUUUCUUGGUCAUUAAAAAACGAAAAUGGAUCAAUUGUUGUACCAGGAACUGUCCCUUCACAGGCGCAUAUCGACUUACUGAAAGCAGGAGUUAUCACAGAGCCACUGCUAGAAAUCAAUGAUUUCACACAACGAUGGGUUUGGAUGGACAACUGGACUUAUACAGCUGAUUUGUCUAAAUUUUUUGAUACCAUCCAACCUGCCUCUUCGGAUCAAACUCUUCUAGUGUUUUACGGCCUCGACACUAUUGCAAACAUCACCUUUGCCGGAAUUCCUAUUGCCUGGGUCAAUAACCAGUUCAGGCAGUAUGUCUAUGACCUGACACCCCAUAUUCCUGCUGCUGCUGCUUCUGGAGGAAAUCUGACCGUCGAAUUCGAAUCCGCUUUUUGGUAUGGCUUAAACGUCAGCUCUCGCCCUGACGCCGAAUUCUUUCCGGGUGGUAAUGGUGUUUUCGAAGUUCCUGCUGCCAGACAUUACAUUCGUAAACAGCAGAUUGACUUUGGGUGGGACUGGAGCCCAGCUUUCGUUCCGACAGGGAUAUACAAACCUGCUUAUCUGGUCACCCUUGCAAACGAGUCGGAUGCUUCUUCCAUCACUCUCUCGUCUACACCACCGCUCUCACCUUCUGGGUCUACCAAUACCUCCGACGUCAUCUUCAUCGAGGAGGUGGCUGUAGACAUAUACAAGCUCGGUUCAUCUUUCAAUGUUUUACCCGAUCAAUCUGCCGACUGGGUAGUCAACGUCAGCCUUGCAAUUCGCGCUGGAGCCUCUGUUGAAGCGCCUACUGUCCAACUUGCACUCCCAGAGCUUGACGUCUCGUCGGAAGCUUUUACAAUUCCUACGUUAAAUGGGCAUGCCAACGAGACUGUUUGGGCCAUUGUCCAAUGGCAAAUACCUGAUGCGGUGCCUCAGCGGUGGUAUCCUCAUAACCUCGGUACACCACAACUAUACAACCUUACUGCGACUCUUAGCCUUCCCACUUCAUCUCCGACUUCAGAACCUCACAAAGUAAGCUUUACCACUCGUACGGGCUUCCGCACUAUACGGCUCGUCCAACUUCCUGUUCCUCAGUCAGACGUCACAGAGCGCGGUCUAACGCCAGGCGACCAAUACCAUUUCGAGGUCAAUGGCAAAGAGUUUUGGAGCAAAGGAUCGAACCUGGUCCCGUUCGAUCCGUUCUACAGCAGAAUCACCACAGAUCGUGUACAGUGGGUGCUACAAAGUGCCGUUACGAGCGGGCAGAAUAUGGUGCGCGUUUGGGGAGGCGGCAUUUUGCAGCCCUCCAAUGCUGGUACUGCCGGUGGUGUAUACGCGUUCUACGAUCUCUGUGAUGAACUCGGAAUUCUUGCCUGGUCCGAAUUCCUGUUCUCAGAUGCGCUCUCUCCUAUCAACCCAUUCUUUCUCGAAUCCGUCGAGCCAGAGAUUCGCGAGAACGUACGGAGACUCAAUCGUCAUCCGAGUGUGGCGCAAUGGGCAGGCGGGAAUGAAAUUGAGGGGAUUGUGAUUAGUACAAACCAAAGUUUGCCAAAUGGAACGAUCUAUCUCGAUCAGUUCGUAACGAUGUUCCAAGACUUCCUUCACGACCUCGAAACGUCUGAAUCUCGGUCUGUGCCUUACACUGACUGUUCGACAACGAAGGGAUUCUUGAGCCUGGAUCCAUACAUUUUGAGAUUCGAUAACGGUACUUCUGGAGACAUCUAUGGCAACUCGGAAAGGUUCGACUAUACUGCAACUGACGCAUUUGACUAUUCGACUUACCCGAUUGCACGAUUUGUGAAUGAAUUUGGAUUCCAUUCUAUGCCUUCCAUUUACGCCUGGGAACAAGCUCUCCUUUCUCCUGAAGACUUUGCCUUUAACUCAACCGUAGUCGUAUCAAGAGAGCACCACAACCCCGCUGGAAGCCUCGCUUUCCCUAACCCCAAUGCACCCGAAGGUCAAGCGGAAAUGACCCUCGCGGCUGAGCAAUGGUUACCUGUGCCUCCGUUUUUGGGCAGCAACUCCUCCAUUACCUCUGGUUCCGCUCAGGACAACGCCACCUUUGCAGCUUGGUGCUACACCACGCAGGUCUUCCAAGCCCUGACCAUUGCGUCUGAGAUCAACUUCUACCGUCGGGGUGCAGGGCUACCAGAAAACAACCUUGGUGGAAUCGUAUGGCAGCUGAACGAUAUCUGGCAGGCUCCAAGCUGGAGCUCGAUAGAGUUUGACGGAAGAUGGAAGGUUUUGGCAUACGCCGAGGAGAGAGCUUAUCGACCAAUAACGAUUCAUCCUUUCUGGAUCCCGGAGGCAGAAAAUCUAGAGGUCUCUGUAAUGAGUGAUAUACUAGGAAGUGAUGUCCAGGGCACCGCGCAGAUGACUUGGUAUGAUUGGAGUGGUAAAGUUGUUCUUGCGCUUCCCGCUGUAAAAUUCACGGUACCCAGCUUGAACUUUACUGCGGUACUCAACCAGACCGGGCUAGACACUAUAUUGCCCCCUGGAAAAGGAGUACAGGAUGUGUGGAUGUUGGUCAAUGUGACCGCGGAGGUUCCGGGAGGAGGAACAGUGACCAACGAAAACUACUUCACACCCACCUCACUUGGAAAUGUUACUCUCGUUGAUCCGGAAAUCACUGUCAACACAGGCUAUAGUUACGAGUUUGUCUUGGAAGCCAAGGGUGGUGUCGCGCCAUGGACGUGGAUUGAGCACCCUGCUGGAACCGUUGGAAUGUUUAUCGAUGCUUAUACAGGAUCUCCGUCGAAUGCUUUCUACUUGAUUCCAGGUAUUCAAAAGAUCGUGAGGUUCAUUCCGAACACGGCUUUGUCGACUGUACAGGACCCACGUCCGAUUGACUUUGUCGUAAGGUCGUUGUUCAACAACACGAUCCUCGACACUGGGUCAAAGGUUGAAACAGAGGUUGUGGUGGACGAAGUACAAGUUAAUUCUGAUUCGACUUCAACUGUUGAUACCAUUGGCCAUGCCCCCGCUAAACCUCAUUUCCCUGGCCAUGGACACGACGGGCAGAUUCCUGUGGUUCCACCCUGA